GUAGUUCGAGAUAGAGUUCGGACAAAAAUGGAACGUGACAUCCUAGUAGAAGUUAACCAUCCAUUCAUUGUCAAGUUACAUUAUGCUUUUCAAACAGAAGGGAAGCUAUAUCUUAUUUUGGAUUUUCUCAGGGGAGGAGACUUGUUUACACGUUUAUCCAAAGAGGUGAUGUUCACAGAAGACGAUGUUAAAUUUUACCUGGCAGAAUUAGCCCUUGCUUUAGACCAUCUACAUAGUCUUGGAAUAAUAUACCGGGACCUAAAACCAGAGAACAUCCUGCUUGAUGAGGAAGGACAUAUCAAAUUGACAGAUUUUGGCUUAAGUAAGGAGUCAAUUGAUCACGAAAAAAAAGCCUACUCUUUCUGUGGAACAGUGGAAUACAUGGCACCAGAAGUGGUUAAUAGACGAGGCCAUACACAAAGUGCAGACUGGUGGUCUUUUGGUGUUUUAAUGUUUGAAAUGCUCACUGGUACUCUACCUUUCCAAGGGAAAGACAGAAAAGAAACCAUGACUAUGAUUCUCAAGGCCAAGCUUGGAAUGCCUCAAUUCUUGAGUCCUGAAGCACAGAGUCUUCUGCGAAUGCUCUUCAAAAGAAACCCAGCAAACAGAUUAGGAGCAGGUCCAGAUGGAGUUGAAGAAAUUAAGAGGCAUGCAUUUUUUUCUAAAAUAGAUUGGAAUAAAUUGUACAGGAGAGAAAUUCAUCCCCCUUUUAAACCUGCAACUGGCAGACCUGAAGAUACGUUUUAUUUUGACCCUGAGUUUACAGCAAAAACUCCAAAAGAUUCACCUGGUAUCCCACCUAGUGCUAAUGCACAUCAGCUUUUUCGAGGAUUUAGUUUUGUAGCUAUUGCAUCAGAUGAUGAGAGCCAAGCAAUGCAGACAGUUGGAGUGCAUUCAAUUGUCCAGCAGUUGCACAGGAACAGCAUUCAGUUUACUGAUGGAUAUGAAGUAAAGGAAGAUAUCGGAGUUGGGUCUUACUCUAUCUGCAAGAGAUGUAUUCAUAAAGUUUCAAACAUGGAAUAUGCUGUAAAGAUCAUUGACAAGAGUAAAAGAGAUCCAACAGAGGAGAUUGAAAUCUUACUGCGCUAUGGACAGCAUCCAAAUAUUAUUACCCUGAAAGAUGUGUAUGAUGAUGGAAAAUAUGUAUAUGUAGUAACAGAACUUAUGAAAGGAGGAGAACUACUGGAUAAAAUUCUUAGGCAAAAAUUUUUCUCGGAAAGAGAAGCUAGUGCUGUUCUGUUCACAAUAACAAAAACGGUUGAAUAUCUCCAUGCUCAAGGGGUAAGUUUUCAUCUCAGACAAAAUGCUUAUGCAUGUUAAUAUUCUUCUCUUUCAGAAACA